CAUCAAUUCAUCUUCAAAUUCAAGCCAGCGAUGUUUGGGACGUAUCAUUCCUACAGGAUCAUCUAGCAGAGAUGAAAAAGCAAAUGCUAGCUAUAUUGGAUGGCGAAGGCAGCUCAGACGGUAACAUUGCUUCCACGCCUGAAGACGUAUCCACAUCAUCCCCACCAGCUUUUACUGAAAUACCUUAUCCGGGGUAUCAUUUAACGAAUACAAUCCACCACGACACAUACCCUACCAUUGAUCCCACCAAGGCUGACCUUACAGGCAAGAUUGUCUUCAUCUCCGGUGCUUCUCAAGGUCUUGGAAAAGCCAUGGCGAUGUCUUUUGCACGUUCUGGUGCUUCUGGUAUCAUUAUCGCUGCGCGAUCGAUGAACUUGCUCGAUGAAGUGGCCAUCGCCAUGACCGAAGCUGCCGCAUUAGUUAACAGGUCCCCGAAGAUCCUAAAGCUAAUGCUAGAUGUCACGGAUAUCGCUACCGUUGAAAACGUGGCUGCAGAGAUACGGCGUGUGUUUGGUAAGCUGGAUGUAGUGAUCAAUAAUGCGGGACGCGCGGAUAACCCUCAGGCUGUUCCUCUAUCCAUGAGUGACCCAGACGAUUGGUGGAACGUAUGGACAGUAAAUAUUCGUGGAGUAUAUCUCGUCACUCGCGCCUUACUUCCCCUCUUAACCAACAAUGACGCGGACAACAAACUGAUCGUCAAUAUUGCGUCCUACGUUGCGCACUUCGCAAGUCCGCUAAGCUCUGCAUACUGUAUUGGUAAAUUUGCGUUACUUCGCCUGACUGAAACAAUUCAUCUGGAGUGUGCACCACACAAUAUCUCUGUGCUUUCUGUCCACCCUGGCGUUGUUCUCACCGACAUGACCAAAGAUAUCCCUGCUCUCAUGCGCUCCACAUUGAUUGACUCGCCACAAUUAUCAGCAGAUACCCUCGUAUGGCUCGCGAAAGAGCGUAGAGAUUGGCUUAGCGGAAGGUAUAUCAGCAGCACUUGGGAUAUGACAGAACUGGAAAGCAUGAAAGAAGAUAUAACGACGGGAGACAAGUUGAAGAUGAGAAUGGUCAUCUAGGUGGUGCAAGUCUUUCAUUGUAGAAGCCUUUACAGUACCAGAUUGCCAGGUAACCUCCUGUGAUCCUAUCCUAAGUUGUUGAAUUAUUAUUCGAAUG